AUGGAAACAGAGGAGGGAGACAUCCUAGCGGAUGUAGGGCCUGACGUGCCUGUUAAUGGGGGUGGAGGAAAGGGGGAUCGGGAGGAAGAAAGCGGAAUUGGUGCUAUUAACGAGGUUUUUUUCCAGGUUAACCAGAUCAACCCCAUUGAUGACGUAAGCGCUUUAGCCAGUCCAGGGAAAACCCCCCACGGGGAGGAGAUAAGUGGGGAAAAUGGCACCACCCCGACGGGAGGAAUAAAAAUUGGCAUCAACAAAAAGGACUACGAUUUGUACAUUAGUCAGAUGAAGGAUAAAGGCGCGAAAGAUGUAGCAAAAAAUAACGGAGGGGAAAUGAGGAGGAACAACGAUGAAGGCAAAAACAACGAAUGCGACUCCUACUAUUAUGAUGAGAAACACUUGGACGGGAACACCACGGAGUUUUUGGACGAUGGAGACGCAAGUAACAAAAGAACAAUCAACACCAUUAUAAGUAGGAUGGACAGUGACCUCACCAACACGGAGGAUGCGCUGAGCAAAGUAAACGACAACAGUACCACCUACAUGAGCAAUGAAAACAACAUAUGUUUCCUAAACAAUGAAGCAGACAUUACUGACCACAGCAACUACAACCCUCAUUUCCAGUUCGAUGAGAUGGUGGAUCCAACCGAUAAGCCGAACUAUUUAGAGAAUUGCGACCACCUUAAUUUUUUUAAAAAUGGGGAGACAGACGAGAUGGGGUUAAAGAAUGGGGGGGAGUGCAAAGCCGACCAGGAGAGUGCCUUCCACGAGGAUGGAAGCGAGCAUAAAUGCGGCAACUUGGUGGAGGAAAUUUUCACCCCCGAAAUGAACAACCCAAUGCCUCUAAACAUCGAUCAACCCUUUGGUGGAAACGAACAGGAAAGCGAAGAGGACAAAUUGCUUAACCGAGUGAACCCCAAUUUUUGUGAUCAGCCCCACCUGAGCGAACUACAGGAAGUAGUGCACAACGACUACGCCUUUUUGGAAAAUGAAGAAAUAACAAGUAAGUUAAGUACAUUUUGCAGUAAAAUUCAGAAUGAUGGAGAGGCGACCUCCGGAAAGAGUCCACUCUACCAACCUGACGACCAAGUAACAAUCGAACCGGAGGAUAAUCUACAGGACAAGGCAGCUUUGUUAGCCACUUCCCACUUGUAUGAACAGAAGGAUUCACACCAGAGUGACCCUUCAGCGGGGGGCCAUAUGUACCUUGAUCGGGGAAAUGAACAGGAAGAGGAAGACGGAGAAGAGUAUGAACUGUUAAAUCACCUUAGGGAAAAAAACAAAAAUAAGAGGAAAGAGAACGACGAAGAAGAAAUGCAUAAUGAUUCUAAGGGUAAAGAAUUUCUCUUCCAAGAGGAGAAGAAUAAUGUGGACGUGAGUACAGAUUAUCCCCAUCUGUAUGAGGAGUGUCUACGCAUGAGCGAUGGGGAGGACCCCAGCGGGUGCACCAUUCGUCGGAUAAGAGACAGCAAUGGCAGCAAUGUGGCUUGUUCCAGUGGUGAGACACUUUCAUCGAAUGUGGCUUUGAACAGCGGUGGAGAGAAAGACGCAGAAAAUCAUGGCCGCCAGGAGGAAACCCCACCACAGGAGGGGGUACAAACAGAUCAUCUGUACGACCAAACAUUUGGAGCGGUCAAAAAGGUGGGCAGAAGGGCAGGGAGGAAGAGUAAAAAUAGUGCCAAUAAGUCUGGAGAGUUGAACGGUGAUACGAGGGGGAGAGGACGAUUCAGUUUGAAGCCCUCUGAUGGAUGUGACGUCGAUGCUACAGGAGACUGCGAACCGGAUGAAGACCACAUGGAUGACCCAAACCGUGAUUAUUCGAAAGAGAACAUAGAAGAGGAACAGUCAAAUGGUAACGAUGGAGGAAGAGCAAAGCAUGGAAGUACGAAUGGAACCUACGCGAGGAGGCCCCUCAGAAAUGCUGCCAAGAAAUGCAUUAACUUAUGGUCUGAGGAGUUAAAGAAGAAAAGCGAAAAGCAUAAUGCCGCACUGGAGAGGAGCAAAAAUAUGAGUGACCAAAGAAAGGAAGAGAGGGCCCUUCGGAGAAAAGAGAAGGUAAUAAAAAAUGGAGCUAAGGUAAUGCUCAGGGGAGGAUUGGCGAAAGGAUACGGUGGAAGAGGUUGGGCCAGAGGGGAAACCAAAAGGGAGACGAAGUUUGACCAGGACGAUUCGAACGGAAUUUAUCCUGCAGAGGGAGAAGAAGCAAAGUAUGAGCAGGAGGAAGAAGUGGCAGAAGAGGGAGCCGAGGGUGGGGAAGGCGUCGAAGGAGUGAACGGAAAAGUGUACAGCGAAGAAGGACAGGAAGGUACUCACCGACGGGCAAGGGGGCGACCACCCCAACGAACAGGGAGCCAUACCGAUCCGAAGGUACGAGAAAGGAACCAAGGAAAUGAAGCUUACGGGAGUGGCCAAAUCAAGUCUGAUCAACUAGCCAAUGAUGCCAACGAAAGAGGAACAAAAGGAGGAAGGAAAAAAAACGACUUGUCGUCUUUAGGACAGGACCAGGAGAACAUUCCCAUCCUUUUUAAUGACUCCAUGGAUGAAAGAGAGAUGUUUAAAUAUCUAGACCUGUUGCGCCACUUACCAAGUAAGAAGGGAGGUGCACAGUAUAAGCUGCAUAAGGCUAUAUUAACAGAGGAAAUGGUUCGGAGGGCAAAAAAGUUCCCACUCGUUCAGGGAGUAUACUUUGAUAGGUACCAGCAAAGAUGGAGUGUUAACUGGAAUGAGGAUGGAAAGAGAGUGGCAAAAUAUUUUCCUAUUAAAUUAUUUGGGUUCGACUAUGCACGGAGGUUAGCCAUUUAUUGUAAAAAUUACCAGAAGAUUCCUGAGGAGGCACUCAUAUUUGAGCAGGCCUACCGGGCAAGCCAGCAGAGCAACAAACACAGGAAUGAUCAUUCGGAGGGCGUAAACGGUGUGACUAGAGGUGGAAUCAACGUUGGGGUGACGGAAAAUGGAAGUGGAAACGGAAGCGGGAAUGCCAGUGCGAAUGGUAGCAUCAAUGGAGGAGGAAAGCUCAGACGAGGGGGACCCAAGAGAGGCUACAAAAAGAGGGGCCUCCGAAAGCAGGACAAUUCGAAUGAAGACAAGUCUACCAGCGGAUAUGGGAAGAGGAGGAAAAAUAUUAAAACCUACCAAAGUGGGGAGAUGGACAGCACAAUGGAUGGAAGCGGCAACCUUGGCCCAGGACAGAUAUCAUCCACGAGUAACUAUCCCCUGUGUAGCAAUUACUCUGGUAGUGCCAAUAGUGGCACCAAUAGCAGUGAGAGGAAGGAUUCCAAUUACAGAAGCGACGGCGGCGCCAAGAUGUCUUCCUACUUUCCCGGUGGUAGCCUGCCCGGUUCGCAAAAAGUUGGGGAGAAUUACUCCAGCGGGUUGAAUCGUCAAUACAGUCAGAAUAAUCAGCAUACCCUGCAUAGCAUUUGGGGGGUCUUGGAAAUACUAACCCGACAUCCGCAUCAAACGAUGGUGAUCAAGACAAACAAUGGUAGGAGCGCCAAUCAAGCAGGUGAAGAGUCGAAUAGUGUGAACCCCAGCACCGGACACGUGAAGAAAGAACAGAAGAACAGCACAGGUACAGAUGCCAAUGCUGAUCGAACCGACAUGGAGAACAUGAUGCGGGUGAGACAGAGGAUGAUGAUGCUUGAGCAGGGAAAAGCAGCGAAUGCGAACAAGUACAUGCCUUUUGGAAAUGCCACGGUGGGAUACCCCAUCGGAGAGUCCAGUAACGAAAUGAGACGCUUCGGAAGUGGAGAUAUUCAUUUGGAUGGGGAGAAGAACAACAGUUGUAUGCACAACAUGGUUAGUAGCGUAGGUCCUGUAAAUAGCAACAAUCCGUUACCCAUGUCGACCCAUUUUAAUCACCCCAAUGGUGCAAACGAUGCGGUUGAAAAUGGUAGGGAAUUUAGCAGCGGUAAUUUGCCUCAUAUGAUGAGGAAGAAUUCGACUGUAGAGAAAGGUGAAAAAAAAAGAGGAAGAAAAAAAGGGCAAUUAAAAAAGAACCAUUUUGUAUGCACAUCCACAGGGACGUCCUCCUUUAAGUCAUCCUCCUCUCACAUUUCGUCCACCUCGUCGUGCUAUAAAAACGUGGAAAUGUAUUUGUCCUCCAAUGGGCCGUUACAUGACAUGGGGGAGGCGCACAGAUGGAGAAAAGGAGACCCCACCUCGGAUGUACCAAACAUGGCAGACGUAGCAGACGCCGCACGUGCUUCCAGUUAUAAUGAUGAAAGGGGUAGUUACUAUACAACGAACGGGGAGGCAGAAAAGGGAGAUGUACCAACCCUUCAGGGGGUUCAGGAAGAUAAGAUCAGUACUGCCAACAUGAUGGAAAACAGGGGUGAUGACAAUAGUGAGAGGUUCUACCUGCAUGCGGGAAGAGAACCAUCUGGAAUGGAAGAAGAGCCCGACGAAAUCGAUGAUGACGAAGAGGAGGAAGACGAAGCUGACGACGACGCAGAUGAAGGAGAAGAUGUGAACCCCGGUGAGUACGCUCCAAGAGGGAGAGGCAUAAUUAGACAUGCAGUUAGAAAUAUAAUGCCAAACGAAGACAACAUCGACAAGGGGGUAACCCAUUUGAACUCUGUUGAUGGAGUAUCUGAGGUUGCAGGCGAUGACGUAGGGAGAAGCAUAUUCCCCCAUGGUGUAGUCACCAGCACAGUGGUGGAUGGAGACCAGACAGAAGCACAGAUAGAGAAUGACGGCAACGAAAUGGAAGAUAUACGCAACAUAAGCAAGUACAGUGAAAUAGUGAACAGACUGGAUAACUACAACCUGAUCAGUAGAAUGAACCAGGUGGGAGUAAAAGUGGAGGGAGAAUUGAUUCACUUGGGGGGGGUACAUCUCAAGAGGGAGAAUACGGAGGGUGCCAGUAAGGACAGCAUCAAGGAGGAAAUUAACGACAUAAGGGAGGAAGACACCAUGGGAGAAAUGGCCCCUGACGCUAAUAUUAUGAACGAGGGGGAUGUGCCCAAUGAGGACAUCCUCAACGGGGGAGAGCUCACCCAGGAAAAUAACGAAGACGACAUAAACUCGAGAAUAGUAGGAGUCCAUUACGACAGAAAGCAGUACAGGUGGAAGGCCACAUGGUAUACAUCUCACGGAAGGAGGUGCGCCAAGUACUACCCCAUAAAACAGUACGGCUACUUGGAAGCGAAGAAAAUGGCCAUAGAAUGUAGGAGGGCAUACAACGCGUAUAAGAAAUUAAAGAAGGAUCCAGAAAAUGGCAUCGAAGAAGGAGAGUUCAACUUUGAUAGCACCAUUUUCCCCAAGGAGUACUAUAUAACUCUAUUCGAAAAUGAUGAAAAGAAGGAUGGCUACUUUUGGAACCCUAAGAAGAACAAAAAGACGGGGAAAAAGAGCCCCUUUUUGGAUAACAACGAAAAGCAGAGAAGGCACUACAAUGAGGCGUUGAAAAAAAUUACCAACAUCAAGUAUAAGGAUCUUUCCCAAUUGAAUGAAUUUAUGGUGAGGAAAAAUGACGGCGAAGCGUCUACUUAUGCGUCCAUGGGGACGGUGGUGGACCCUGUGGAGGGUUGCAAUGUGUUUACACUUCCACUGCACCAACAGGAGGAGGACGAGGACUACUCCGUCGCGCAGUUGGAAAUGGCGGGAAUGGGGGCGUACCCAGGUGGAUCAUACCUGAGUGAAGGGUUUCAGGCGUCACAACCCCCCCUUGCAAUGACAACCCCAGAGGUAGAUUCCACGGCCCCCAUCCCCGUGAGAAAUGUUGACGGUGCCACCCCUCCCAUCAUGGAGAAUGAGCAAAACGAGGAAUGGAGCACUCUACAAGGAGUAUACAAUGAGGGGGGAAUUUUCCAGGACAGUUGUUGCAAUGUCAUGAAUGAAGAGGGACAACAAGUGGCGUCAAACGGAUGCUCUGCGCAAAACGUGUCGUCCCUUCUUUCGUUGUACUACCUCUCAGAAAACAUCCUCAAAUUUCAGAAGGGAACCAUCAAAUGUAUUCUACAAGAUUUGAGAGACAACUGCUUAUCCAAUCUGGCCUACGAUAUUAAGAACAUAACUUUUCAGGAGUAUUACAUGGCUAUACAUUACCUGAACAGAUAUGUGGAAGACUCCAACUGCUACGAUGAUAUAUUUUUUCUGUUGAAAAUUUUAGCCAAAAAUUUAGAAAUACGAAAGAUACCUAGUUUGUAUAAUGAAGAGGAACAGAAGGAGUUGCUAAACUCGUUGACCGUUAUCACCAAGCAGAUGAAAAGUGGGUAUUCGUACUUCACCCCCGACCCUGUGAGGAGUAGUCCCAGUGAAGGGGGGGAAACGGCAGCUGGAAUGUCGCCGUCCGACCGGUUUUCCUCCAUCAUAUUUCAGUAG